AUGCAUCUACCUUGGCCGUUCUACGAAUAUGGAAACGACUUGAAGAAAGGACUGAAUAGAAAGAUGAGAGCACCGUGGGCACUAUUUGCACCCGUCAGAGAAGCUACUGACCAGCUGACGGACCAAGAUCUUCGUGUCCAUCUUUCCAACUCGAAAGUUCUUCCAGCGCUCUGUUACGCGGCGGUGACGUGGGCAGGCACCGUAGCCAAGUCUAGAAAGCUACUCAUUACGCGCAGAGCCCUUGAGAGAUCUCUUCUGAAGGACCGGCGCACACUAUACCCAGCCGGUUUUCGCAGCUCCGAGCAAUGUUCGGUAUUCGCGAUCCAGCAGAAUAUAUUUCAAAAGCUAAGCACAGUUGGAGACGCUAAAUGCCCUCGAGGGAGGCCGCCAACGAGAUGGGGUAAUGUGACCGCAACACGGAUGGACCAGCAGAGAGCUCAGCUGGAUAAGGAUCUCGUCAACGUUGCUCACGAAACUUGA